CGGAGGCCGUACAGGCAGUAAAAAUAACCAACUGAGAACGCGAGUGUUUAUGGGACAGUUGCAUUCUCGCUAACCUUAGCUGUCUAGCUUACCGAUAGGUUAAGAGGACAUUCAACCGAGAGAAGCAAAGAAACAACAUUUGAAAUGGUUUGAUAAAACGCUCAAUCAUGAAUCUCAGGGGGUUCUUCCAAGAUUUCAACCCCAGUAAAUUCCUCAUCUAUGCAUGCCUGUUGCUGUUUUCGGUGCUGUUGUCACUGCGCCUCGAUGGCAUUAUUGAAUGGAGCUACUGGGCAGUGUUUGCGCCGAUAUGGCUGUGGAAACUCAUGGUCAUCAUCGGAGCCUCGGUUGGCACCGGGGUCUGGGCCCACAAUCCACAGUACAGAGCUGAGGGCGAGACGUGUGUGGAGUUCAAGGCGAUGCUGAUUGCUGUGGGCAUCCACCUGCUUCUGCUGACGUUUGAGGUGCUGGUGUGCGCGCGUCUGGAGCGCGGCAGCCACUUCUGGCUGCUGGUCUUCAUGCCGCUGUUCUUCGUGUCGCCCGUCUCCGUGGCCGCCUGCGUCUGGGGCUUCAGGCACGACCGCUCCCUCGAGCUGGAGAUCCUGUGCUCCGUCAACAUCCUGCAGUUCAUCUUCAUCGCCCUCCGGCUGGACAAGAUCAUCAGCUGGCCUUGGCUGGUGGUGUGUGUGCCGCUGUGGAUCCUGAUGUCCUUCCUGUGCCUGGUGGUGCUCUACUACAUCGUGUGGUCGGUGCUGUUCCUGCGCUCCAUGGACGUCAUCGCCGAGCAACGCCGCACGCACAUCACCAUGGCGAUCAGCUGGAUGACCAUCGUGGUGCCCCUCCUCACCUUCGAGAUUCUGUUGGUGCACAAGCUGGACGGCCACUACAACUCCAACUAUGUGCCGGUGUUCGUGCCUCUCUGGGUGUCCCUGGUUACGUUAAUGGCCACCACCUUUGGCCAGAAAGGAGGCAACCACUGGUGGUUCGGCAUCCGUAAAGACUUCUGCCAGUUCCUGCUGGAGCUGUUCCCGUUCCUGCGCGAGUACGGCAACAUCUCGUACGACCUGCACCACGAGGACUCGGAGGUGUCGGAGGAGAUGCCCUCGCACGAGCCGCCCAAGAUCGCGCCCAUGUUCCGCAAGAAGACCGGCGUGGUCAUCACCCAGAGUCCCGGCAAGUACUUUGUGCCGCCGCCCAAGCUCUGCAUCGACAUGCCGGACUAGAGAAACGUGGGAUAUGUGGACACGCAGCACAAAGACACAGACUGGUCCUCCUUCCCUCCCUCCCUCCCUUUGCUCACCUUGCUCCCUCCCUGGGCACUCGGGGUGGGUUAAUGACACCCCAACGUACUCUUGAGUGAGUGAGUGGGGGUGGUGAGCUUUCCAGUGAACUUUGUGCAUGGGAAGUUAUGAAGUCUGCAAACUCUCCAGAGAAACAAGACAGUCACUCACUUGAACGGAGAGAGACUUGAGAGACAGACGGACACUGAGGGAUGAGAGAACUGUGUGCGUCUGUGACAAAUAAUACCACCCACACCCUGUCAAAGACAGAAUAGGAGACUGCUUUUUUUCUCCCCCCCCCUCCCUCCUACCCAAAUCUUCUUUUAUAUUUUUGUUUGGAGAGAGUGCAGCAACAGCAACAGCAGCUGUUGUGGAAUACAGUAUGGGAGCAUCGGCCGUGUAGGCGGACUAGUGGCUGUAACUGACUAACAGGCUCUUGGAGAGAACACAAUCAGCAUCCUUUGGCUUCAGCUGCACAACAACAACACACAUACACACACGCACGCACACACACCCUGUCGAUAGUUGGACUUGGGAUAUAAAUAUAUAUGUAUACGAUUCUACUGACCUUAACCUAGUACGACUAUGCUACUGUUAUGCACUUCCCUUGUUUUUGUUAUUAUUAAUAUUUUUUGUCUAUUUUUAUUAUUUUUAUUAAAAAAAAAACCUGUGACUGUAUAAGUAUCCGUUACAAGAUGAAAAAAAAUCUCCAACAGGUUAUUCAAAAGUGGAAACUUUAUUUUGAUAACAUACGAGGAGUUAUGAGCAGGCAAAUGCUUGGACUAAAGGCACGCACGUCAUCCCAGUGUUAACACAGGCCACCAGGGGCCUAUACUACAAAGCUGGUUCGGGAUAAGUUAAGGUUAAGUUAAGAGGUAAAUCAUCUAAUACAAGGGCUUUUCUUAGGAAAGGGAUGACUCCAGGCCCUUCUAUUAGAUGAUUUACUCUUAACUUAGCCUUAACCUGAACCAGCUUUGUAGUAUAGGCCCCUGACCAUCAUGCUGUACCACCUUCACCAUGCUGACGUCAAGUUGCCAUACAGGACGCACGGGGACAUCAGUGUACUGUAGCUGGUCACAUGUAGUAUAUCGAAUAAUACCUUGUGGUGUAGCAAGAGCCUGUUAUAUCGCCUUGUCUUGAAGCACAUUUGAAACACAACUUGUGUUUUUUAUUUUGUUUUUGUUUUUUUAUUGGAAGUGUUGUUGGCACUAGUUUCAUUCGUGAUGACCCUAAAGAGAAACUGCCUUUUUGGUUUGAGAGCUACCAAUACGUUCACACUUGCCCAGGCCUGCAGAAGACCAAAUACCUACCGUAAGGAGCUCAAAUAUGUUCACUAAUAGGAGUUGCAACAGGAUAUAAGAAGUUCUCGUAUCUGUAUCUUUAUUUGAUGCAAAAAAGGGGAUGUCUCUCCAGCAACCGUUUGCGUUGUUGCUGGUAGGUCGAUGUCACUCCAUAUAACUGACAAUCUGAGACAUAAUUAAUUUGUUUUGUAUGGUGCUUUCCUAUAGCACCUCUACUGUUUUUGUUUUGUUUUUAUCUGUAUUUUUGUUGAAAAAGUACAGGCAAUGUUGAGGAAUGCUGGUUGAACACCCCCUGACAUGCAUGUGUUUUGAAGCUUCAGUGUGUAAUUUAUUUUGCAGUUUAUUUCCAGAAUUUAUGUUGCCGAUUCACAAAUGCAGUGUGUUUCAUGGAUAUUCACUACCACCAUCAAUUUCCAUCAAGUGUUCUUUAUGGAAAUCUACAUUUUUCGCCAUUUUGAAUUACCAAACCUGCAUUGAUUGCUGCAAAACACCAGAAAAUUCGCAUUUCUGAACGGGCAGCAUUCAUUUUGGAAAUAAACUGCUGAAAAAAUACGCCCUGGACCCCUAAUGUGGUCACUAGGAUCAGUAGAUCUGCCCUAAGUAAAAUGGCGACAAACCUCUUACCUGGACCACAGUUUGACUAGAGCGGAGACAGAAAUGUACCUCUUUUUUCACCCUUUUUAACGCCUUUUGAUCUUUUUAUUUGUACUUGAGCAUUAAGAGGAGUAUGAUUUGUGUUCGUUUCUCUGCCAAAACUGCACUUGAAGUAUCCCCCAUGGCGUGUGGAGGUGGGUUGUAGUUUACUAAGAAACCUGCUGCAUCUGCUGCUUAGGGCUUCAGCAUGACAACUGGGUGUUCUGUCAUUUGGUGACAUACAAACCUUUGGAACACUGUAUUGCAGUGUUCCAUGAAUACGCUCACUUGUCACAUUCCAACCUGGUAUUAAAAGAACACAAAACAUCCUGGUGCACAUUUUUCUCUUUUCUCCCUUCCCCAUUCCCCUCCCCCUUUUCAAUUUACUGCUGUCUGGCUUAUACUCCUGUUUUUUUUCCUCCCCUUCUCCCCUCCUGUCUUUUUGUACCCUAUCUUAUUCAAUGAUGCACUUUUGAGGUGUUGGGAUGGAUCUGUUUUCCUGUUUUUUUUGCUCGUCAGUGUAUUGGUUUGUCGAACUCAGCUGGUCUGAGUCAGUGAUAUGAACGUCCUUUUUACUCUGCCCUGGACCAAUGUUACUGCUCGCUCUCUCUCUCUCUCUCUCUCUCUCUCUCUCUCUCUCUCUCUCUCUCUCUCUCUCUCUCUCUCUCUCUCUCUCUCUCUCUCUCUCUCUCGUGUCUGUCUCUGCAUUCUCUUUCCCAAAAGAGCAUUCUCCAUCUCGCCUGACUCUGCAUACUCCAAUUAAACUCAAACAACAUUCAGUCAAAUGCA